GCACGGCUACCAUGGCGGCGGCUUUUGAAGCCCCGGCGGCCUUAGCGACAGUGGAGAACGCCAUGUCCGCGGAGCGUGUGGCUGCAGAGGUCUCGGCCCCGGCGCCAACGCCCGAGCGCGUGCGGAGCUUGCGGAUGGCUCACGACGUCGUUGGCCCGCGGACCCGCACGGGAGACGUGCUGCUGGCAGAGCCGGCGGACUUCGAGUCGCUGCUGCUGUCGCGGCCGGUACUGGACGGGCUGCGAGCGGCCGGCUUCGAGAGGCCCUCGCCCGUGCAGCUCAAGGCCAUCCCGCUGGGUCGCUGCGGGCUCGAUUUAAUUGUUCAAGCCAAAUCUGGCACUGGGAAAACCUGCGUAUUCGCCACCAUUGCUUUGGACUCUCUUGUUCUUGAAAACUUAAGUACCCAGAUUUUGAUUUUGGCUCCUACAAGAGAAAUUGCCGUACAGAUACAUUCUGUUAUCAUAGCCAUUGGAAUCAAAAUGGAAGGCUUAGAGUGUCAUGUCUUCAUUGGAGGGACUCCAUUAUCACAAGACAAAACCAGACUUAAAAAAUGUCAUAUUGCUGUUGGAUCUCCUGGCAGAAUUAAACAACUCAUAGAACUUGACUACUUGAACCCAGGCAGUAUACGUCUCUUUAUUCUUGAUGAAGCAGAUAAGCUUUUAGAAGAAGGCAGCUUCCAGGAGCAAAUAAAUUGGAUUUAUUCUUCCUUGCCUGCCAGUAAACAAAUGUUGGCAGUAUCAGCUACUUACCCCGAAUUUUUGGCUAAUGCUUUGACAAAGUACAUGAGAGAUCCCACUUUUGUGAGACUAAAUCCCAGUGAUCCAAGUCUAAUAGGUUUGAAGCAGUAUUACAAAGUUGUCAAUUCAUACCCUUUGGCCCAUAAGAUUUUUGAGGAAAAGGCUCAGCAUUUACAGGAACUAUUCAGCAGAAUUCCAUUUAAUCAAGCCUUAGUCUUUUCUAAUUUGCAUAGCAGAGCACAGCAUUUGGCUGAUAUUCUUUCCUCUAAAGGCUUUCCUUCUGAGUGCAUCUCAGGUAACAUGAAUCAGAAUCAACGUCUUGAUGCUAUGGCUAAACUGAAGCAGUUUCACUGCAGAGUCCUCAUUUCCACAGAUUUGACUUCCCGUGGGAUUGAUGCUGAGAAGGUGAAUCUGGUUGUAAAUCUGGAUGUACCAUUGGACUGGGAGACAUAUAUGCAUCGGAUUGGCAGAGCCGGCCGUUUUGGUACAUUGGGACUGACAGUGACCUACUGUUGCCGGGGAGAAGAAGAAAAUAUGAUGAUGAAAAUUGCCCAGAAAUGUAAUAUCAACCUUCUCCAUUUACCAGAUCCCAUUCCUGCUGGUUUGAUGGAAGAAUGUUUGGAUUGGGAUGUGGAGGUUAAAGCUGCUGUGCAUACAUAUGGCUUAGAAAGUGUACCUACCCAACCCCUAAAAAAGCAAAUUCAAAAAAUAGAGAGAACCUUUCAAACUCAGAAAGCUCAUGGUAACCACAUGGCUUCCUCUAGAAAUACUUCUUUAUCUACACUAUCAGUCAGAUCAAAAAAUAAUACCAAACAAAAGCUUCCUGUGAAAAGCCAGUCAGAGUAUAGAAUCAUGGAAAAAGCAGUGCCACCAAAAGAACUGGACUGUGCCAUACAAUUGGAAGAGCAAAUGAAGAAUUCUGUUCAGACCCCUGUUGAAAACCCUACCAAUAGUCAGUACCAAGUCCAAGAAGGUUUACCUGUGUCACUCCCCCAAAUUCCUUGUCUCUCUUCCUUUAAGGUCCAACAGCCCUGUACUUUAACUUUUGCAGAAUUGGUAGAGGAUUAUGAACACUAUAUUAAAGAGGGGUUAGAGAAACCUGUGGAAAUCAUCAGACACUACGCAGGUCCUGGGGAUCAGGCUGUGAAUCCUCAAAAUGGUUUUGUGAGAAAUAGAGUUUCUGAAGAGAGAGUACAGAUGUUGGCAAGUAGUAGUCAAUCUGGAGACUCUGAGAGUGACAGUGAUUCUUAUAGCUCGAGGACUUCUUCCCAGAGUAAAGGAGAUAAGUCAUACUUAGAAGGCUCUUCUGAUACUCAGUUGAAAGACUCUGAAUCUACUUCUGUGAAUGGUCAUAUCUCUUUGCAACAACCUCUGAAUGGAAAUGACACCCCCAUUCUGGAAGAAUAUCAAGGAUCACAUGAAAUCCAGAUAAAGUCAAGGCACAAAGAGGUGGCUAACCAGAGAGCUAAGCAGAACCGGAGAAACCUACCCAGGCGGUCUUCCUAUCGAUUGCAUACAGAACCCCAGGAAGAUGGUUGGUAUGACUGUCACAGGGAAACACCUUCGAGUUGUUCUGAUACCUAUCAGGAUUAUGAGGAUUACUGGAGAGCUUACUACAGGGCAUGGCACGAAUAUUAUGCUGCUGCUUCUCAGUCAUAUUAUUGGAAUGCUCAGAGACAUCCAAGUUGGAUGGCAGCCUAUCACAUGAAUACCAUUUAUCUACAAGAAAUGAUGCGAGGUAACCAGUGAUUAUAGGAUAUACCUGCGACCAUCAGGAACCAGGAACAAGAGAUAUCUUUGGAUAUCCAUCCUCAACCUAUAGUAAAGUGGCAUACAGUGGUAUUUUUGAAGAACUUGAAAUGAUUUGAGGUUUUCCACUGGGCACAUCUAUUUUUCAGGUUGUUUUGAUUUAGGCCAGUUAUAGUAUCCUUUUUUUUUUUUAAAGAAACUUCAUCAGAUUCUUGAAAAAGAAUUUCUGGGACAGAGCUGAAGGUCCCAGGGUGCCAUUUUCUAUAAGCUGUUCCCUACAGAAACUUCUCAAAAGAUGACAUAUAUACCACUGCUUACUUAAAAUA